AAAAGAAAAGAAAAUUCUCUUUUCAAACGACCAAUGAUCUAUACGAUAAACUGUAAAAAUUUAUAUUAUAAUAAAAAUUGUGUAUAGAUCAAUUAAUAUACACGUAGUACGUAAAUAUUAUACGUAGGUACACACGGUACGUGAAAAAAACAGAGAGAGAAAAAAUGAUAAGGUGAAUUCGCACCGUUGAUUAUCAUAAUUGAAAUCAAAUUUCGUUUGCAAAAGACGAAACAGCGAGUCGAACGAAUCUAGGUGUGCGAAAUAUCGAGAAAAAAAAUGUAACGACAAAAGUGUGGUCCACAAGAAACGAAGGGUGGUUUCUCGUUACCGUUAUCAUUAUCGUAAUUAUCGUUGUUAUUGUUACUCGGUGAAUAAUUGAAAAUUAAUAUUUGCAACCGGCGACACACAAAAAAAAAAAAAAACAGACAUUGUUGAGUAGUAGGUACGUAUAAAAAGGAGGGGGAAGAAAUACAAGUAAAAAUAAGUGAGCCGGUUCUGACAGCUGGGGUGGCUAAAAAAACGAAGUAAAAAAAACUUCAUCGAUCAAUCAAUCGACCGACCGAUCGAUCGAUCGGGUCUGUGAUCCGGUGGUAACUUUGUCCACGACGGUUGAGAUAAUGGGAUAAAAGUGUCGAUCGAGGCAUGAAACAACCGAUCGUAGAAAAUAGUAUGAUUUCAACUUCAUCCGUACUCUAAAGCAAAAGGUUAUUUUUAGUGUUCCUAAAAGUCGUCGUCGUCGUAUCCCGCGGGCAACACAGAGAAGAGCCCGCGAGAGGAGAAGUAAAAGAGGGUAGUGAGUGAGUGAGUGUGUGGCGUGGCUCGAGCGAUCCGUGCGUGUGACAGGGAGAGGGGCAAAAAUUUUCGAAAAAUAAUUUUUAAAAAAAGAUAAAUUUUAAAAAGCAAACAAACGACCGCGAAAAAGUGGAGAAAGGAGAAGUAGAAGAAAGCGAAUCCAGGACUUGACCGCUUGCAGUUAUUUAUUUCGACUACCAGCUGGUAGUGUAAAAGUGGUGGCAAAUCGUGAUCGUGUGACGUUCGGUGUGGAUGGGAAAAAAUAUCUCGACAUCUGCCGAUGUUUUCUAGAAAAGGGGAGUGAAAUUAAAAGACGAACCAAAGUAAACGAAAAACUACUCGAUUCGUUUUUUAUUUCGUUCCGAUCUGUGCCGCAGUGUAAACUGAAAUCGAUCACACGUAUUGAAGAGAAGGAGAGAAAAGAAAAAAAUCACUUCGCGCUUUUCUCUCCGUACAGUUAAUCUCGUCGUGUGCGCGUGUAUAUCGCUAUUACUAAUAUUGGACCUCCAGGUACUUGGAGGCUACGGAAGUAGCGACGACAAAGCAAUAGCAAGAGUGGGGCUCAGGUUCGGAUAGCUACCGAGAAGUUGGCAUUGGCCAACUACAGUGACCAAGUAAAAUGGCGACGAUAGACGGGCGGCCGGCCCAAUAUGGUAUUACUCUCAAGCAGCUCCGGGAGCUCAUGGAGCACCGGGGUCGUGAGAGUAUUGAAAAAGUAAACGCCUUUGGUGGUGUCCAAGAAAUAUGCAAAAAAUUGUACACUUCCCCGAGCGAAGGUCUCAGCGGCUCGGUAGCAGAUACUCAACACAGGCAGGAGACAUUCGGUUCUAACAUGAUACCACCUAAACCCCCAAAAACGUUCAUGCAAUUAGUAUGGGAGGCAUUGCAAGAUGUUACGCUGAUUAUUCUAGAAAUUGCUGCAUUAGUAUCACUGGGUCUCAGUUUCUACCAACCUGCUGACGACGAAAGUGAACCAACACCUGUAAAUGAUGAGGGCGAAGGCCAGCACGGUUGGAUCGAGGGUUUGGCGAUCCUGAUUUCAGUUAUAGUGGUCGUCUUUGUGACAGCCUUCAACGAUUACAGCAAGGAAAGACAGUUCCGUGGUCUCCAAAGUCGAAUAGAAGGGGAACAUAAGUUCUCUGUUAUUCGGCAGGGUGAGGUCAAGCAGAUAUCCGUCUCAGACAUUGUUGUCGGUGACAUAUGUCAGAUAAAAUAUGGAGACUUGCUGCCAGCCGAUGGUAUCCUGAUACAAAGUAACGACGUAAAAGUGGAUGAAUCCAGUUUAACCGGAGAAUCGGACCACGUUAAAAAAGGGGAAAAUUAUGACCCAAUGAUGUUGUCAGGUACUCAUGUUAUGGAGGGUUCCGGUAAGAUGUUGGUGACCGCAGUCGGUGUCAAUUCACAAGCUGGAAUAAUAUUCACUCUGUUGGGAGCUGCCGUAAACCAGCAGGAACAGGAGAUCAAGCAGAUGAAAAAAGAAGCUAAAAAGCAGCGGAAGAAGAAGUCUUCAUCAGGAGACGAAGCUGGCGAAGUAACCGGUAACAGCCAUGCACCAGCUGUGGAAAAACGAGAACCGACAGAGAAUCACGAGAGUUCAUCGGCGCCACCGGAACCGCCGAACAAGAAAGAAAAGAGUGUGCUCCAAGCCAAAUUGACUAAGCUCGCUAUACAAAUUGGCUACGCUGGUUCAACAAUAGCCGUUUUAACGGUCGUUAUUCUAGUCAUUACAUUCUGCGUGAAGACAUUUGUGUAUCAAGGAAAACAUUGGAAAAGUACGUACGUCAAUAAUCUCGUCAGACAUUUGAUCAUCGGUGUUACCGUACUGGUCGUCGCCGUGCCCGAAGGUCUUCCUCUCGCCGUUACUCUAUCCCUCGCUUACUCCGUCAAGAAAAUGAUGAAAGACAACAAUUUAGUGCGACAUUUAGACGCCUGUGAGACAAUGGGCAACGCUACGGCAAUUUGCUCCGAUAAAACCGGAACGUUGACUACAAAUCGUAUGACCGUUGUUCAGUCUUACAUCUGUGAGAAGAUGAGUAAAACAAUACCAAGUUUCGGCGACAUACCGAGCCACGUUGGUAAUUUAAUUAUUCAGUCCAUCGCGGUGAACUCAGCUUACACUUCGAGGAUUAUGCCGUCUCAGGAUCCCACCGAGCUCCCGAUGCAAGUCGGUAAUAAGACCGAAUGUGCCUUACUCGGAUUUGUGACCGCCCUCGGCAAGAGCUAUCAAACAAUCAGGGACGAUAUCCCGGAGGAAAGUUUCACCAGGGUCUUCACGUUCAACAGCGUUAGGAAAAGCAUGUCCACUGCCAUACCGAGACAGGGUGGAGGGUAUCGCCUGUUCACCAAGGGUGCUUCCGAGAUCAUCAUGAAGAAAUGUGCCUUUAUCUAUGGUCGCGACGGGCAUCUUGAAAAGUUCACCAGAGAGAUGCAGGAGCGUUUGGUGAAGAACGUGAUCGAGCCAUUGGCGUGCGACGGUCUUCGUACGAUCUCGAUCGCCUAUCGCGACUUCGUACCCGGCAAGGCGGAGAUCAAUCAGGUCCACAUCGACAACGAGCCCAACUGGGACGACGAGGAGAAUAUUGUGAACAAUUUGACGUGCCUCUGCAUCGUGGGUAUCGAGGACCCCGUGCGACCCGAGGUACCUGACGCGAUCAGGAAGUGUCAAAAGGCCGGUAUUACCGUCCGAAUGGUUACAGGUGACAACAUAAACACGGCAAGAUCAAUCGCUCUUAAAUGUGGUAUUUUAAAGCCGAACGAGGACUUCCUGAUAUUGGAAGGAAAAGAGUUUAACAGGCGGAUCAGAGACAGCAACGGGGAGGUGCGUCAGCAUCUCCUCGACAAAGUAUGGCCGAAACUCAGGGUGUUGGCGCGUUCCUCGCCCACCGACAAGUACACACUUGUCAAGGGUAUAAUCGACAGUAAAAAUUCCGAGAGUCGCGAGGUCGUGGCCGUCACCGGUGACGGCACAAACGACGGUCCCGCCCUGAAAAAGGCCGACGUAGGUUUCGCCAUGGGCAUCGCCGGUACGGACGUGGCCAAGGAAGCGUCCGACAUCAUCCUCACCGACGACAACUUCUCCUCCAUCGUGAAGGCUGUUAUGUGGGGUCGAAACGUCUACGACAGUAUAGCGAAAUUCUUGCAGUUUCAGUUGACCGUUAACGUUGUUGCCGUUAUUGUAGCGUUUAUCGGUGCUUGCGCCGUCCAAGACUCGCCGCUCAGGGCCGUUCAAAUGCUCUGGGUUAAUCUCAUUAUGGACACACUGGCGUCACUCGCACUCGCGACCGAGAUGCCGACGCCCGAUCUCCUGCUGCGCAAACCUUACGGAAGGACCAAACCGCUCAUAUCGAGAACCAUGAUGAAGAACAUAUUGGGCCAGGCGAUCUACCAGUUGGCCGUUAUUUUCUCACUGCUCUUCGUAGGUGACCAGAUGCUCGACAUCCCGACCGGACGAGGUACAGCCGAGACAGGCGGUGGACCCAAUCAACACUUCACGGUUAUCUUCAACACCUUCGUCAUGAUGACUCUGUUCAACGAGAUGAACGCCAGGAAGAUCCACGGACAGCGGAACAUUUUCGACGGACUGUUCACCAAUCCGAUAUUCUACGGUAUCUGGAUCGGAACUUGUCUAGCGCAAGUUGUGAUUGUACAGUACGGAAAGAUGGCCUUCCACACGAAGGCUCUGACCCUGGAGCAGUGGAUGUGGUGCAUAUUCUUCGGAGUCGGCACUCUCUUGUGGGGACAGAUAGUGACGACGAUUCCAACCCGCAGAAUUCCUAAGAUACUUUCAUGGGGUCGCGGCCAGCCUGACGAUUUGGAUACGAUCAAUCUAGGGGAUGAGAAAUUCGACCCUGACUCGGAUAAAAAGCCACGCGCCGGACAAAUUCUAUGGAUACGUGGUCUUACACGGCUACAAACUCAGCUUCGGGUAAUCAGAGCGUUCAAGUCGACUCUGGAAGAUUUGGAGGAAAGACGUUCAGUCCAUAGUUUACACAGCUUACACAGUAUGCGAAGUUCACGAAGCCAUACCGGACCUAGACCGUUAUCCGACUUCACUUACAUUGACGAAGACCCAACAAAUCCUAGUAAUUUGACGACGGUCAAAUCGUUGAAGAACGCCAUCAGCAACGCUAAUAACGAGCUUGGCAACAAUCAGGAUCAUCAUGAAAAUGCAACGUCCGGCAAAAGAAAUUGGCUACCGUCUUUCAACAGUAGUCCAGCGUCGUCACCGUUGCUGUUGAACGUACCCGGAUCGACGACGACCUCCUCGACGAGGACGACGAACACGCCACACGCCAACAACAAAUCCGCAUCCUCGAACAAUUCGACGACAACAAAUAAUCUUAAUUCAGAACAGCCCACUUCACUCUCUCCCGAUUCACUCAAGUCAAACAAUUCACAAUCAGACAUACCGAAACUAGUUCACGAAACGAGCAUCUAAGAUACUACCGAAACAACACUUUUGCACUCUUCUUCCAACAUCAAACAACAACAACAACAACAAAAUUUCAUCCACUUAACAAGAAUGAAAUGAAAGAAAAGCAAAAAGAAAAGCAAAUGAUAAUCUAACGUACACUCUUCAAACUCUGAUGUAAAAUUUAAACCACAUUAUAUAAUUAUACAAAAGACAAAUCGAAGAGAAAUACAAAAGAGAAAGGAAGAAAACUAAAUAAUAAAAAGAAAGAAAGAGAAAAACGAAACAAAAACAAAAAAAUUACAUACUGUGCCUCUUCUAUAUCGACUCGCUUGGUUAAUCCCGAGUAAUAAAUAAAUAAAUUAAUAAAUUAAUAAAUUCCUGCCUUCCUUCGCCUGCGUUCUUUAUUAUAUUAUUAUUAUCUAUAUCCUCACAUACGAUCAUGAUAAUGUAAUCAAGAUAAUGAGAAUAAUUAAUUGAUUAAUUACAGUCGUCGUAGCGCGAGUUUGAUAAUUGAUAAAACUUGAAGAAAAAAAAUUAAUUCAGUAAAUUAAAGAAUAAAAAUACGGAAUAAAUAAAUACAUGUAACUAGAAUAAAAUUAAAAAAAUUAAACGUCAUUUACCCACAACCAUAUACAAAUUUCAUUCGAUGAAUGUUCUUAAUUUGGAACCAAAAAAGAACAGAAAAAAAACCGAAAGCAAAUCACACACACAAAAAACAAACUUUAUAUCACCUAUAUAUAUUUCACAACAUAAUCAAUAAUAAUAAUAAUAAUAAUAAUAAUUCACGUGAGGUGUACCCAUACAUACAUGCAGACAUACCUAUAUAUAAGUACGUAUAUAUGUGGAUCACAUUCAGUUAUAACGCCAAUCGCCAAUUGUUAGAUUUAUAAAAUAUUUACGUAUACUUUAUCAUUAUUUUAUUUUUUUUUUAUUUUUAUUAAUUUUAUCCCCGCUAAUAUCUAUUCUGUGUGUUACAUUAAAAAUAUACAUUUUAUUAUUAUUAUUAUUAUUACUAUUGUUAUUAUUAUUAUUUUAAAUCGUAUAAUUUUCCCUUGCAUUUUAAUAAAAUUACUAAAAUACGAUUAUAUUAUUAUAACUAUUAUUAUUUUUCAUACGUUUCGUGAAAAGAGAAAAGAAGAAAAAAAGUAAUAUGUUCAGAUGUGUAACUAUAACUGUAUAAAUUAUUGUUGGUUUUUAUGACUACACAAAGAUAAUAAUUAUAUAAUGAUUUUACGUUCAAUUAUCAAAAACGAUAUAUAAAAUAUAGAUAUACAUACAUAUAUGCCGUAUAUUCUUAACGUGCAUAUCAUAUUUUAUCGGUAAUCGCGAAAAAAAAAUCAUUUCCGAUGUACUUAAUAAGGUGUUUAGUAUUUAUUAUUUCAAGAUAUAGUUAAUUAUGAUUUAAUUUUUUAAAAAUUACGAUUAUUAUAAUUACUAUUAUUAUUAUUAUUAUUGUUACUAUUAUUAUUAUUAUUGUUAAUGUUAUUAUUAUUAUCAAUAUUAUCGUAAAGUGUGAGGGAUGAAGGGAAGAAAAUAAAAGAAGGAAACUAUACGAGUAUGAAUUUUAAACAGGAAACCCUAGAAAAUAAAAUUCAAGAAGAAAAAAAAAUGAUAGAACACGAGAUUUUCAUAUUUUACCACAAAAAUUGGAUCAGAAAAAAAAAGAAGAAGUAUAUAGUAUAUGAGAUCAAAACAACCAACCUACAAUAUUUGGGGAUGUUUUUUUCAAUGUGUGAUACAUAUAUGUAUAUCUAUACGUAUGCAUGCAUAGGAUAUGGUACGUGCAGUCAGAAAAAAAAUAAUUUUUAACUACAAAAAAAUAAAAAAUAAUAAUAAUGAAAUAAAAUGAAUGAUAAAAACUAAGUAAAGAAAAUAAAAAAGAAAGUACAUACGUAUAUAUUUUAAAAGUAGCUUUACUUGAAACUGUAUAAUUAACAUUACAUAUAAUAUAUGUGAUAAAAUCGACACAUCAUCUUGAAACCACACGACGUUAAUUGCAGGAUUUCUUCCUUCUUAAAGAAAUAAAAAAAUACAUAUAUAUACAUAUAAAUGAGUGAAAAUAUAUGUAUAUAUAUAUCUACAAAUUUUUCUAAUAUUCUAAAUUCAUACAUACAUGCCCUGUAUACCUACCUAUCUAUGUACCUACAUAUUACCUUGAACCUGCAAUCAUAUCUGUUCCUAUAACAAAAAUUUAAAAUUAAACAAAAAAAACAUCAGAAAAGGGUAUAAACACCUUUCUCGCUUUUACAUUUUCAAAAAAAAAAAAAAAAGCCUUUGUAUUAAACGCAUGUUGGCAUCUGCUGCUAAUUAUAUUAUAGUAAAGUAGCGCGUCAGAAAAUAUGUUGCAAAGUAGAUGGAAAAAAUUUGAAAAUAAGAAAAAAAAAAAAGAAAUUAACAAAUAACGGUUAACGAAGGCCUCAAUUCUUAUCCGAUACCGUGGAAAUUCAAUCAAUUGGACGGAAAAGGAAAAUAACCAUUCGUUCGGUAGAGUGGGCAAGAAAAUGUUGAAACAAAAGGACGAGAGAAAAAAAACCCGAAAAUGAUGGCAAAAUUUUGAGAUCAAACGGAAACAUUAACGGAGAAACAAAAUAUGAUAUUCUGCUUUUAUUGCUAGCGCUAUGAAACUAAUAGAAAUGACAAAAAAAAAAAUAAUGAAAAAUGCUCCGCUUGCUUGGGAUUGGUUGUGGAUGUGUCUGAUGUUCGCCUGCAUAAUUGUGUCAUUGAAUCGUUUAUUUAUUUGGCUAUUAAUCAUUUGAUUUCUCUUUUAGGUUUAUCAAUUGAUUUGAUUAUUUGGUAUAAGAUUUCUGAUUUCCUAAAUUCUAGAAAUAUCUGUCUUCAUAAAACGAAAGAAUUAAUUUACGAAACAUAAGUAAGCCUUCGGUAUGUCCACGUAGAAGAGCCGAUCACAGGAGAAAUGGAAUCUUAAUUCUUUCGUGUUUCACAGAUAUUUCAUCUGUUCAAUUUCCUUCAACUUUGCGCAUCGUUCCUCGUCAACCCGACGAAUGUAUAAUGUUUAUCGGUGUGUUCGAAGGAGUCUUACAAUCGUAACUUAGCUGUAAUGAUUAUUAACUGGCACGCCUGUUACUUGAAUUUGCUUAAAUUAUUGUUACAAUUAUUAUUAUCACUGAUUUUAUCAGAUAACACACACGUUGCGGCACAAUUAUUUAUAUUAGGUAUAAGUAUAAUUCGAGGGUUAAAUUAUGACGAACUUUGAAACGAUCGUUAUUAGAAACAUCGUCAUUCUUGACGAUUUAUUUUAUUAUUACAAUAUUUUUUAACGAAAUUUUACCCUCAAAAUUUACUCUCCACAUUCGUCGGUCUCGUGUAUCUAGAAGAUUCGUAAAAAUUUCGAUUUUUUUUUUUUUGUCUUUGUUCACCGCACCCGUAAUACAAUUACCUAGUUAUACCUACCACUAUCCAUGUAACUACUACUAUUACUGCUACUACUACUAAUACUACUACUACUACUACUACUACUACUACUACUACUACUACUACUACUACCACUGAAACUAUACGCAUAUGAAUAUUUUAAAUAAUGAUAUGAUACUUGGUAAAAAAAAAAUAUUCAAAACUAUAUUCGAUAUAAAUCUAUUUACGUGUCCCUGAUAAUAUUAGAU